AUGACGGGCAAAGGAGUCCAAGAUGGCAGCCUCGCUACCAGCGAGAAGAGAAAGGGAGACGAGAUCGAACAUCAUUGUGUGGCUGAGCCCAAUUGCCAUCACGAUAUCCACUGCCGCUGUACCAUCCACCAUAAUCAACCUGUUCACAAACAAUCUUCUUCUACUCACGAUCGCGCUACUCCGCAGGCUGCUAAUAUACAGGGCUCCAGAGUUCAGCGUUUUGUCUCCCGAUCUAAUCUUGUGCGGAUGCCACACCUCCAUCAAAGUCUCGGUCUGCGCCGGAUGAAGAAGAGUAGCAAUCUCGCCGGUCUAAUCAAAGCAGAUGUCGAACCCUACUGUCAGACCACAACAAGAAUCAGCAAUGAUUCAGACUUUCCGCAAUUUGCUGAUUUUCCAGUAGAGCUUCGUCUCAAGAUUUGGAAAGAGUACUUAGAAAAUAUGGGACCGCGAGAUGUACCAGUUUGGCGUGUUAGAAAGUCGCACACUGAUAUUUACGCCAAUGUGUCUACUACUCUUAAAUUCAAGAUCUAUAAUCCUGACGGAAGCCUUGUCAAGUGGUUCCCUCUCAAGGAUGGACUACAAAGUCAAUAUAACUUCAAGUGGGUGUGUCCACAGCCCGAUGUGCUUUUCAUUAACUCAGAAGCUCGCCAAAUUGGUCUCAAAUACUAUACACAACAGAGCUUGUAUGGUACUACUUGCUCCAAGAUGAGCUACGAGCCUGGUUCGGAGACUGGCGCAUCAACGAUUUAUCGCCAUAUCAAUGGCAAGGAUCGAAUCAUGCCGAUGUUCGACCUCUCUAAUGCGCACGAUAAUUUUUGGAUCGAACAUGAACAUCAGCUAGAGGGACGUAUCGCGCUCAAUGCUUUUCUCUAUGACUUAGACCCAAAUCAACCUGUUAUUCCACCGGCGGGUCUCUUCAUGCCAACUACGGAUCCCUUCAUAGCUCGCGAAAGACGCCAACGUCGUGAGAUUGAAGUAGCCAGAGCUUGGGCAGCAGUUGUACCUUCCACCGCUCUAUCACCAUCAAGUAGAACUAUUGGCUAUUCGCACCCGUUCCACAUCAAGGAGGUCACAAUUUACUAUCGUACUAACAGUCUUAUUGGAAUUAAAGGUAUAUUUCCUCUGUCUCCUAAGUCAAGCAUUACUAAUUCGUUCCACCUAGAUUUCAGCUGGGGCACGAUCGAAAAAAAGCAUCUAAACGACUACGAAGGAUGCCAAGCGAUGCGUAACAUGGAGAGAGCAAUCAAGACCGCGUAUCGCUACUGGGACAUGCAGCGUUACCGUCACUGGGUUCAUUACACGAAACAUAUGCAGCCAGAUACACUUGCCGGGCUUGUAGCUGCGCUUUCAACACCGGAAACCCAGAUAAAGCUUCCUCGCACCGAACAUUUGCUCUUGACCAUGACAGCUAAGAGUCCUCUCCUCCAACAAAAGUACGCAGCUAGAAUGGCGCACAAGAUCGCAUUUCCCAGAGGACAUUGGCCACAGAGAUUGGAAGAUACGUGGGAGGUCAAGAUACCCAUCUUGCCCAAGAUCCAAUUCGCUAUUUGUAGAGUUGCCAAUCCCGGCAUGGCUGGUAUGGUUCGUCCGGCGGGAUAUAAGUUGUUGUAG